AUGGUGAACACCUUCGUGCCGGCGUUGCAGUCGCUGAAGAGGGAAGAGCUGACCGGCGAGUACGUCUCACUGGACAUCGGCUCCUCAAACUUUCGCGUCCUCUACUCACGGCUGCGACCGAAGAAGGCCGCCGAUGUGGACGGCAAAGAUGAUGACCACUUUGAGGUGAAGUACUACGAUAUUCCAGUGGAGUACCGAAAGGGCAGCUCCAGCAGAUUGUUCAACUUUUUAGCCCAAUGUAUCACCUCGUUUCUGGACGAGGUUUUGCCUCCACCCUCACCAGAAACCACCAACACCACUCCCUCUUCCACUUCCUCUCCCAUUCUGCCGCUCGGCUUCACCUUCUCCUUUCCAAUGACGCAGCAGGCAAUCAACUCCGGUCGCCUUACCACCUGGACGAAGAACUUCGACCUGCCGGACGCCGUGAACGCCGACCCGGCGCUGCUCCUUCAGACGGCCCUCGACGCCACUGGGAACGCCCACUCAGUGCGGGUGGUCGCCCUGCUGAACGACAGCACCGGAACGCUGCUCAAGGGCAGCUACCUCGAUGGAGACUGCGCCAUCGGCCUGAUCAUGGGCACCGGCUCCAAUGCCUGCUACCUCGAGCGGAUGGACCAGAUUAAGAAGUGGACCAACCACUCGGCGCAGUACGCCCACCUGGAGGAGGUGCUGGUGAACAUGGAGUGCGGCGCCUUCGGCGACAAUGAGUGCAUCGACUUUGUGCGCACCAAGUACGACCGUCAGCUGGACCAGGCGUCGCUCUUUCCAAAGUCCUUCACAUUCGAAAAGUACCUCGGCGGACAGUUUCUGGGCGAGACACUGCGACUGAUUCUGCUGGACCUGGUGGAGCACCGGCUGCUGCUGGGCGGACUGGCCACCGAGCAGCUGCGCACGGUCAACUCCAUCAAGACGUCGGCCAUCUCGGAGAUUGAGGCGGAGGGGCGUGAGGAGAGCCUGCGGGCGACAGCGGGCCUGCUGCAGUCUCUCGGCUACCGGUCGCCCUCUGCGGCCGACCUCGCCACGGUGCAGUGGGCGACGGCGCGGGUGAGCAUCCGCGUGGCCAGUCUGCUGGCGGCGGUGGUGGCCACGCUGGUGCGCCGCAUGAAGCGGCCGCGGACGGUGGUCGCCGUCGACGGCUCCGUCUACAAGCGCCACCCGAAGAUGCGCCUGCUGAUGGCCGACUUUAUCGACGAGCUGCUGCUUCCGCCCACAGCCACUGAUGGCAAUGGCCAAUUGUCCUCCUCCUCCUCCUUUCCCAGGCAGCGUGUGGAGCUGAUCGGCGCCGAGGAUGGCAGCGGCAAGGGCGCCGGCAUAGCCGCCGCACUGGCCAGCAAACUGCAGCUCUACUAA